AACGACACGGUAACAAUUUAUGGACAUUUUAUUCCCGCCAUACAAGAAAUGUGAAUCUGUUGGUCAUGGACAGAACUGUGAAGACUGAGGCAAACUGUUGGGUGAAAGUACUCACUGUACAAUUACCUGGCCAUGAAAUGUUACUCUGGGAAGCAGGUACCGAGCGAGGCAAACACCUGUGACACACCACGUCACUUUCAUCAUGGGCUGUGUGUGUCUGGGCUGGGUCAGCUGGUGCAGGGUUAGGCCUGGAGUCCCCCAGGGGUAGGGCAGGUCAGUACCUUUCACCAUUAUGUGAGGGAAUCCCUGCAGAGUUCAAAGUUCAUUUUGAUAGAGAUAAUUAUCAGUAAGUUUGCACAUAUUUUUUGGUUGUUAAGGUGUGGGAUUUUACCUCAGUUUCGGCAUCCAGCACUGCAGGUCAUGCCUCGCCAUACUUCGGUGAGGCUGACGUGGAAAGAGGAGGAAAAUAGUGCCUAACCCAUUCCUAAGCCAGGCGGUGUGUCCUGCCAAUUAUGGACGUCCUUUUUUGCUUGGCUCAAACUCGUGUUUGGGGGUUAUUUUUGACCGAUGUUGCUUCUACAGCAGGCAAGAUCGUCAUUCGUUAGUAUGAAGGCAAAGAAAAUGUCAGCAAUACUAUUGUGACUCUCAUUUAUCAAGUAUUCUAAAACCUCCGACUCGUCUCCUGGGUGGCGAUUCCGCUGGCCUCGACAAAGGUGCGUGCACUUCCAAUUUUUUUAUUAACUAAUUGGAUCUUCACUUUUUUCUUUUUAUACUGUACACAAAGGAAUAAUUGGCGCGUCUCCACGUGUAUGUUGAGUGAAAAACUUUCACUAUUAACUAUAUUACAGGCUACCCUAGCGAUCGCGGAUUGUGGCUUCACUUAUUGGGAAAGACUUGACCUAUUAUUUCGUAGUGGGAUGUAUUUCAGGGAGCUGUAUGUAUCACAAUAGCCACAAAAAGUGUAUACAGCCACUUUAAUGCUUCCCGUGGUAGGGUUGGCCGUAAUAUUUGUUGUUGUUGUUGUUGUUGUUGUUGUUAAGGGCCGUGACGAUCAGUGUGACAAUCACUUGUGCCCUCUGGUGAAGUGCCUGUGGUGUCAUCACAGGCGUGGCAGCUGUCCUGACUUCUUGGGGAAGGCACAGGUGAGGCGGAUGACAGCUGACUGUCUUGAGGGAUGGACGCCUGCCGCCGCCAGUAGGGUGGACAGGUCAAAACUAUUUAUCCCCGGAGCAAAGACUUGUGUGCGGAGAACAGUACGGUGUGAGUGGAGGCGAGGGCGCUGCAGAAGGAAGUGUUCAACAGUGUCAGGCACUGUGUGGCACCGAGGGCAGCGUGGGUCAGAUGAAAGAUGUAGAUGGUGAAGGUGUUCGUGUGAGGCUAGUGAGAGGCUACGUCCAACACUGGACUUUUUCUUAUCCAAAGCUGUGGAGAGGAGUCAGUUCUGUAGAGGCCCAUGGAGGUGGUGCGGAGGUCAUGUAUUAGUCAGUCAUCCCAUAGAGAUGGAGAUCAGGCGUUGGGUAUGUGAGAGAGGAGCAGCUGGAGUACCUGAAGCAGUCCACGGCAGCUUGUGUUUUUCCAUGGGGCCGCGGUGAAUAUUGCCAACACUCAACUCCUUAGCAAAGUGGAAAAAAGGCUUUAAUGCAGGCUAUCAUAUCUAGUGUUGCUUUACUCUUCACAUAUCCGAUUACCAUUAUAAUAACGUGGAAAUAACUAUGCAGUAAUUCAGAAAAUAAACGAAGAGUCCUUCUGGGGGUGCAUUUCAUUGGCGCGAGUCCUGUAAGUCCUUUAUAGGACUCGCACAAAACGGUUGCUACUUAACAAGCUGCGAUCAGCAUCCAUUACUAACCUUCGGUCGCCAAAUGGUAUCCACGAACGGGCAAGAGGUUGGUGUUGCCAUGCUAGCAAGGUUGGUAAGUUAAACCACCACCUGAGGUGGUGUAAGUUUACACCUCACCCGAAAACUCUUAUAUAAAUAUUUAUGUGCACAAAAUAACUUUUUUUUUUUCAUUGCUUACAAGGUUUACCACCAAGAAAGCAUGGUUUUGUGAUGCAUAAAGUGAAAUAUUGCAUAGAACACCAAAAAUAAAGCAGGAAAAGGCUGAUUUGCCCCACGUGCGCGCUCCUCAUUCCGCCUCGCAGCAACAAGUGUGUACUGUGAUUAAGUAUUGUUUUCGUCGUUUCACCUGCAUGUAUUGGAUAUUUUCUUUGCAUACUUCCACGUUCGUGCCUUGAAGUGAGAAAAGCGCUUUUGGGAUCGCCUUGACCCCUUGGCAUUGAGUGAUAAUGAGCUCAUGCUCAAAUAUCACUUCUCUCGGCAGACCUAAUCCUCUUGUUUGAGGAGAUGCAGCCUCAGCUGGAGAGAAGGACAAGGCGUAGCCGGGCAUUACCAACUCACACCUAGGUUUUGCUGUCCCUGAGAUUGUUUGCCAGUGGGUCCUUCCAAAAUGUCAUUGGAGACACUGCAGACCUACGCAAGCGUCAGCAGAGUCUUUGAGUGUGUGUGCACCGAGUUGAGUGAUAAGUCGGUGCAGGAAAUCAAGAUGCCUCCAACACACCUUGAUCAAAGGAGAACUGCACAACAGUUCUUCAGGAUAAAAAAUUUCCCAAGGGUUACUGGGGCCAUUGAUGGCACCCACAUUGCCAUCAAGGCCCCAGGUGUGGACGAGGCCCUUUACUUUAACCAGAAAAGGUAUCACUCCCUCUCAACAUCCAACUUGUUUGUGAUGCGAAUGGAGUGAUCCUCAGCUACUGCUCCAGACUCCCAGGUGCCUGCACUCUUAUGGAGGUAGCUUGCAGUACAGACCCAUCAAAUGUGUGAAAAUAAUUAAUGCUUGCCUGCUCCUACACAACCGCUGCAUCAAGUUCCUGAUGACCUACCACCUCUUGAGGAUGAAGCAGUGCCCCAUGCUGGUGCCGACCCUGCUGUGCUGCAGAGGGGUCUACGUGCUCCAGGCAGAAUUGUGCAGCAAGAAAUCAUACAAAACUUCUUCCAGCAAUGAAAUUGUCAAAGUGCCUGGGACAUGUUUUGUACAGCCAGCCCCUGCUCCUGCUGCACCAUCACCAGCUCGCCCAUGCUCAGAUGAAUCUGCUGUUGGGUUUCCUGCACUUGAGAGAGAACUUCCAAGUCUGGGUGGCCACCUGCAAUACAGUUUAGAAGCAAACACGACUUUACACCACAAGUUACAAAAUAAGUGGUAUUUUAGAUAUCGUCAUGCUAUCUUGUUGUGUCCCUUUACCUCAUUUGCUCCUUGGACCUUUCUGCUAUAGUGUACACAGGGUUGUGGUAUGACACACUCAUGGAAUCACCAAUUUAAAAAUAUAAUGGCCACCUGAGAGAAGUAUUC